UUGUUAUUGUAAAUAUGGCACUGCUUAGAACUCCCUAGACUUAAGAUCCACGGAGUUAUUAUGAACUAAUUAGUGUAGCUGGCGAAUCUAUGCAGAGGUUUAGGCUUUAUUGAGGAUUACGAUGGCGCUAGUGACCGUUCAGAGGUCCCCAAGUGUGAGCAGCUCCCCACCUUCCUCGGAAUAUGGCAGUUCUACUCAUUCGUCAGAGGAAGAGGAACAAAAGAAUAGAAGCUUAAGUGAAUACUACUUUGCAGUGAAAGGUUUUGCUGUACUAUUACCCAAAAAUGAAUGCCAACUGGGUAGAGGAAGACGGACAACCAAAGCCCCUCCUGAUAUCCAGGCACACCUGCAGUUGAUGCUGCACUUGCUUUGUCAAGGGGACACACUUCACAUGGCUGUUCGCUUGGAGUCACAACACGCUGGUCGUGUGCGGUAUUUGACUGUGGUGGGUAGGAUGGGACGGCAGGAUACAGAAGAAGAUUGUUUAUUAGGCAUAGAUUUUAGUUCAGAAAAACCAUCCAUUGGUCUGGUAGUUCCUGUUCUGGCGGACACAAUGAUAAAUUUAGAUGGCGAUGGUGGAUUCAGUGUAAGCACAGGAGGGAGGAAACACAUCUUCAAGCCAAUCUCCGUACAAGCAAUGUGGUAAGUAAUGUUUUUGUAAUAUUU